UGCGUACAAAAGACUACAAGUCCCGCAAACGUUCUUUGUUAUUUGCAGCAUCCCGUGCAAGAUGCACAGAUCGUGUUGAAGUGCACAGAGAACGUAGUGACAAUUGAAAACGCGAGGUUAAGUUAUCGUAGUAGGCUAUUCAUCAUCUUGCCUGCAAAGCACUAUCUUGAAACUUUGCCAAAUAGCUGGUUUCCAACUGCAAUUCUUCCCUUGCAAGGUUUAUCGCCACCACCCUUUCAUUUGGGGGCGCCUUUACAGUGGCUGUUCGCUCCUCCCGAGUCCAGUCAGUUACAUUAGCUAGUUAGCUAGCUAGCUAGCGACAUCGAAAGAUUGACCCAUGUCCUCUGAAGAAGUCUCAUCGAUAUCGGAUUGGCUCGUGCUGAAUUCCUGGUGGCUACUCUUGCCUUUCAUCAUGCUGCUAGUUGUCGCUGCAUUUGUCGUAGCCUUCGUGUUGCUGCUCUACAUGAUAUCACCGCUAAUAAGCCCCAAACCAAUGAAAUUGAACGGGGCCCACGUCGUGGUCACUGGCGGGUCCAGUGGCAUUGGGAAGUCCAUCGCCGUCGAAUGCUAUAAGCAAGGUGCCUUUAUCACACUGGUGGCACGUGAUGAGAGCAAAUUGCUCCAGGCGAAGAAGGAAAUUGAAAAAUUUGCCAUAAAUGAUAAGCAGGUUGUGCUGUGCAUUUCAGUUGACGUGUCAAAGGACUAUAGUCAAGUGGAAAGUGUCAUCAAACAGGCCCAGGAGAAGCUGGGGCCUGUCGACAUGCUGGUGAACUGCGCUGGCUCGUCCAUCUCAGGGAAGUUUGAGGACGUGGAGGUGGACCAUUUCCGGAAACUGAUGGAGGUGAACUACCUGGGCAGCGUCUACCCAACGCGAGCGGUCAUCACCACCAUGAAGGAGCGCAGGAUGGGCCGCAUCAUGUUCGUGGCCUCCCAGGCCGCCCAGAUCGGCCUGUUCGGCUACACCGCCUACUCCCCAUCCAAGUUCGCCCUGCGUGGCCUAGCCGAGUCCCUGCAGAUGGAGAUGAAGCCCUAUAACAUCUAUGUGACAGUGGCUUUCCCCCCGGACACUGACACUCCAGGCCUGGCGGAGGAGAAUAAGUCUAAGCCCUUAGAGACCAGGCUGAUAUCGGAGACAUCAGGGGUGUGCCAGCCAGACCAGGUGGCUAAAGUUGUGGUCAGGGACGCUGUGCAGGGGAACUUUAGCAGCUCAGUGGGGCCUGAUGGCUACAUGCUGUCGGCUCUCACCUGUGGAAUGAGCCCAGUCACGUCCAUCACAGAGGGCCUACAGCAGAUCGUGACCAUGGGGCUCUUCCGCACCAUCGCCCUCUUCUACCUGGGCAGCUUCGACAGCAUCGUGCGCCGCUGCAUGAUACAGAGGGAGCAGUCCAAAGCUACCGACAAGAAGGAGUAACCACUGACCCUCCUGACCCCUCACCUCACCUCACCCCACCCCCACCUUCUCCAUCUCCAUCUCCACCUUCACACCCCACCCCACCCCACCCCACCUCACCCCACCCCACCCCAUUGCCUCCUCUCCCCGCUCACCAUCCCCCCCUGCUGCAGCACCAUUCCUGCCCAGAGAUGCCAAAUUAGCCCCCCGCCUCUCUUGCUGUAGUGUGGCGGGUUGAAUGCUCCUCCCGGAGGAGGAGGAGGCCCACAGAUCCGCCAGGCAGAGAGACCUCGCCCCGCGUGAGUCUCGUUGGAGUCCUGUGGCGGGCAGUGCGGCAGGCGGCCGCCGUCUCUCUGUCUGUGUCGUGUCUGUGUCUCCUGUGGGGUUUUCUGCGGGGGGGGAUCCGUUUGUUCUCAUCAUUCCUCUAAUUGCUAUAUUUUGAUGGAAUCGAUAUUUCAUUUUGGAAAGAGAUGGACUCUUCAGGUGACACUGUUUGAGUUCACUGUUUGAGGUUAGAAUGUAUGUGUCGCUGUGUGUAUGUGUGUGUGUGUGUGUGUGUGUGUGUGUGUGUGUGUGUGUGUAUGUGUGCGCCUGUGUGUCAAAGCCUGUGUCAAAUUUGACCCAGCUUUGGGCGAGCGCUUGUGUGAAAUGUUUCUGUGACCACAAGCUUGUGCUUCUUGCAAUCCUCCCAUUCCUUGCAUGCCGCGGAAGCUCAAGACAUGAUGGGCGGCCAGACUGACAGCAUUUUUGCUUUAUGACUUAGUGACCGAGUGACCGUGAAUGACUACAUGUUAGAGAAGCCUCUCUGUCCUUCUAAAGCACAUUUUAACAACAACAAAAAAAAACAAAGCUAGUUAUUUUUCACAGAAGUCAUAGCAGAGAGUUGUCUAGGUGUUUUUUUGUGUUGAUAUGUGGUGAUGCGCUUGUGGGCCACCAUGCUGGAAGAGGGGAAGCCUCGUGCCAUACGGCCUUCUGCCGGAAACCGUUGUGACGUGUCAUUAUGCCAAAUGUCCCCUCGUCCCCUGACAUGCAUAUGGGGGCUUUGCGGGCGAAGCUCUCCUCAUGUAAAGGGUCCACCUUUCACUUUCCCUUUAUAAAAGAAAAGAAUAUUUACUUUUCCUCUCCAAACACACACACUCGCACUCACACACUCUCUUUGUCUGUAUAUACUUUAUUGUGUAUUUGAAGGGUGUACGCACCUUGACGUCUUGUAGAGUAGAACUUUACAAGCCUUACCUUGCGUAUGCUAUUUUGGUCUUGAUGGAGAUGUUUACUGUGCGCGUGUGUCUGUGGGUGCUCAUGUGAGUGGAUUGGAGUGGAUGCGAGUCGGUGUGGGUUUUACGUGACCUCAGGAGAUCUGUAGAAUUUUCGAGAUUGCUGGAAUGAUGUUGGUGAAAGCCACGCGAGGAGGAACAGGCUCGCAGGUACGAGCCAUCACCUCCACUGGCCAGAGGAGGGAGCUGAAGAGCUGAGAUGUUUGGGGGGUUUUUUUUUGAACGGCCGAGGGCUUGUUCGCGUUCCGCACACUGGUGGUCAGGGCUCUUCCGGGCGCGGCCAUCGACUGUCUCGUAGUUUUAGUCAGCUCGUUAAAAAAAAAAAAAAAACAUCUCUGGCAAAGCUGCAGCCAGACAAAACCCUCUGGUAGUUUUGAAGCUGUGGCACGCUGCCUGCAGAGGGAAUCGUUCCAGCCGGGAGCACGUGCGGCCUCGACACAUUUGAGGGGUUGUCCAGCACAUGGCCGCCCCAGUCAGGAGGCCACCCAGGCAGUCACAGAGGUGGCCGCAGGAAAAGGGAAGCUCUCCCAUUCACAAGCACAGACGUUUACCGGCGCCGACCGGGACAUGUCCUCUGGAGAGCAGACGAGCCACGGCCGACUCUGCCAGGUGUGUGUGGACCAGGUAGAUGGUUUCAGUAAGUGUGUGGUGUCCAGUCAAGUUCCCCCCUGACCCUUUGCUCUGUGUCCUCUGUGUUGUUGCUCCGUACCCUGUCACUCAAACACAGCACUCUAAAGCAGGCAGAGAGAGAGAGAGAGAGGGAGAGAGAAAAGAAAAGAGAGAGAGGUUGUCUUCCUUUUUUGAAGCAUCACUUGUUAGGGAGAAUGUACCGCUAAUACAAAUACAAACGACACUAUUGGGGGGGAUAAUAGAUAUUUGUUUUCUGUUUUGUUUGUUCUGUCUUUGUGAAUUGCUUCACCUCAUCCCAAUGGCAAGUUUGCUUUGAGAAUCAGUCAGCUCAGUGCACUGUUGAGAUUUCCGUUGAUUGCAUUUGUUCUGCCCAUGCUGCUCCGCUUCUGUUUAGAGAAAUGAUUAAGCUCAUGCAGUCAGGCACUACUGCGUGGAGGCCCAUUCUGCUGUGAAAGCCUUAAGAGAUACACUGCAUUCAGUAAUAAGAAGCCUAGAAGAAUGGAUCCGUCCACAGCUAAGUGUGGCUUAAAUUCGCUUUAGGUUCAUGGUCCUUCGUUUUGUUCUUUCCAGCUUUUGUCCUUCGUAAAUAAUAUUGAUUGAUUGAUUGAUUGAUUGAUUACUCGAUUUCUCUUGAUUUAUUUUAUGUUGUUGUUAUUGCUUUUGCUUUGCCUUGUUUGUACAGAAAGCCUUACUAGGACCCACAAUAUGAAGGUGAGAACACGUGACUCGGCCCGAUGAUGUUCUCAUUUGAUGUUGGCUCAAGGUGAGGCCAUUCCCCAGUGCAGCAUAGUGAUCUGUAUCAGGUGCUGAUCGCUUUAAAGACGCAUCAUUACCGUCUCAUUCUCCCAAGUAGCGACUUUUAAUUCAAUAGCCAGUUGGUACGUAGCUAGCUCCCGGAGAAGCAAUCAUUUUUACCUUUUUAUGUUUUAUUUUCACAUCUUUUAAGCUAUGCAAAACAAGCCUAUGCUCACUACGUAUUUAAGACAUCACAUGAGACUAUACCUGUGCAACAUUCCUUAUCAUCAAGGCUAAGCUGUAGUUUUUUUUUUUUUUUGUUAUGUACUACUGAGAGAUGUUUAAAAAAGAAAAUUGAGUUUCACUACUAAAACACUGGAAUGCAUUCAUUUUUGUCACCAUCGUUUUGGUCUCUUAUCCUCUGUUGCGCCUUUUUGCUUUUAUUGUUUUUGUUGCCAUACUUGUAUAAAUUUCACCUUGUGUGCCAUUGACAAGAAAAAAAGAGGAGAAAGUUGUUGCUUUGUCUUAUUUUCUUACAUGAUAAAAAAUAAAUAACUUUAGAAAAUCUA